AUGUCCCAGCAGCCCUGCAGAGGCACCGUCAGCAUCAAGUGUCCAGCUCCCUCUCAAGGUCGCCCAACUCACUAUUUCUUUGUCCUGAUUCGCUAUGGACCCUGCAACAUUGUUGCGACCCCAUUGGCCACUGCAGCGGACGCCCAGAAUGGAGACACCAUCUCCAUCACCCUUCUUUCUGAUUCUGUACUGUGUCCCUUCAGGCAGGACAUUCACUCCAACUUUGAGAUUGAUGUUGAGGUCUACAGCCUGUCCCACACCUCAGGGAACACCUGUAAUGUGGAUCUCCGCAGCUCCUCCAGGUCAAGGGUCACCCCAAGGAAGCUUCUAAGCACCAUAAAGAGAUCCAACCACAGUGUGACAUCUUCUACCAUGCCAGCCCUGAACACCCACCGCACCAGCCACUUCUCUCUGGUUGGUUCUCACAAGAUCUCCCUGGCCUCCCUGGGCCAGAGCAAGUUCCCCCUGGACAAGGUAGACUCACCUCACCUGGCUGCACGUCAGUCACACCUGCUGCAGUGCUCCAGCCUGGAUGAUUGUAUAGUUGCAGAUAGUUGA